GCGGUGCUUGAUGGGGCUGCUCCGAGACCGGUAGCGGCCGCCGUUGUGAAAGCAGCCCGUGCCGCCGCAGCCUCAUGGCGGCCAUCGGAGUCCACCUGGGCUGCACAUCUGCUUGUGUGGCCGUCUAUAAGGAUGGCAGAGCACAUGUGGUUGCUAAUGAUGCAGGUGACAGAGUCACACCAGCAGUGGUUGCUUAUUCAGAAAAUGAAGAGGUUGUUGGUUUGGCAGCAAAACAAAGUAGAAUAAGAAAUAUUUCAAAUACAGUUGUGAAAGUAAAGCAGAUCCUUGGCAGAAGCCAGACAUGCGGUCCUUGGACCUGGUUCCACAGCAAUUAGUCCCGAGAAGGAGGAAGCAACUGACUCCCGGAAAUAUACUGAGACCACACAGAGCUUCCCCCAAGUCUUCAUUGUUGCAACUUGAUGCUCAGGAGCCUUCAACAGUUUCCCAUUCCACAAUGGCCACUACCAAUAGCAGUGCGGGCAUCCGCUGGUCCAGACAGGAGACACGUACUCUUCUGGCCAUACUGGGUGAGGCAGAGUACAUUCAGCGCCUCCAGACUGUCCACCAUAAUGCCGAUGUCUAUCAGGCUGUGUCAAAACGAAUGCACCAGGAAGGUUUCCGACGCACAGAACGUCAGUGCCGCUCCAAGUUUAAAGUUUUGAAGGCUUUAUAUUUAAAGGCUUAUGUUGCUCAUGCCACCAGUAUGGGUGACCCUCCACACUGCCCAUUUUAUGAUACACUGGAUCAGCUUCUCCGAAAUCAGGUAGUGACUGACCCAGAUAAUUUAAUGGAGGAUGCUGUCUGGACCAAGCAAUGUGAUCAGAACUUAGUAGCCUCUGACCUCCCAGGGGAAGAGGGAAACAGCAACUUGAAGGCAAAGAGGAAUCAGGCAGCAGAUCAUCAGACUAUCUUGAGAGCAGCUAAGGAAUCAGAUGAGAAUUGUCACCUAAGUGUGGGAAUCGGUAACCAGCUGCCUGAAACCGGUGACCUUGAGGAUUCCUGGGAUGAAGCCUCAGGUGCAGGCUGCUCUCAAGCGAUCCCCAGCUACAGCAGCUCCCACAGCCUUUACAGAGGUGCAGUUGCUCCCUGUCAUAGCAGCACUGUGACCAGAGUGGGUGUGUCCUGUGAGCCGGGUCCCUGCGCCAGCACCAGCCGCAACACCCUUGGUAUAGCCUCCACACAACAGCCCCAAGCCUCUUCCUCUAGAAUCCAUCUUGUUUCUGGUGGGGAUGGGACUUUCACCAACCAACCACCUCCAAGGUGGGCACGACGUAGAAGGCGUUCAGUGGCCAGGACCAUUGCUGCUGAGUUGGCAGAAAACAGGAGACUGGCACGAGAACUUUCCAAGCGUGAGGAAGAAAAACUGGACAGGUUGAUUGCUAUUGGUGAGGAGGCCAGUGCCCAGCAAGACACAGCCAAUGAGCUCCGCAGGGAUGCUGUAAUUGCAGUCAGACGUUUGGCUACAGCAGUAGAAGAAGCAACUGGUGCUUUUCAGCUAGGACUGGAAAAAUUGCUUCAGAAGCUAAUUUCGAGCACCAAAAGUUAGGGGCCUGUUGUAAGAAAGUUAUUCCUUAAAGUAGUAGUAGUAACAUCUGCUUUCUAAUGGCUGUCCUCAAGUGUUCCCUGACAUCUUUUCUUAUAAGCAGCUGGCCCUCAGAGGGAAGAUGAACCAUAUAUUUGUGGAGCAACAGGAAUACAUACACAGGCCAGUUCCUUUCCCAAAAGCCCAUUACUAGUUAAUGGAGGACUCUCCAGAAAUAUGUGGGCCAGCAUGGUAUUUAGAAAAGUCUGGGGCUGGAAGUUAGGAAUUCUCUAGUCCUGCUUCUGUCACUGAAUUCCUGUGUCCCCAAGUUCUUAGGCUAUUCAUAUCAUCUCCCUGUGCAUCAAUACCCUGAUAUGUACAAAGGGGAAUAAUAAUACCUGUCGUACCUACCUCACAGGGUUGUUGUGAGGCACAAAUGGAUAAGUAGAUGUGAAAGCAUUUAGAAAAGUAAACUGUAAAUGUAAGGUAUUAUUAAUAAAUGUGACCUGGAAUGAGGCACAUUAGAUUGCCAGGUAUAAAAAUGUGGUUAUUAACAGUAACCUCAUUCUUUUGAGCCCUGCACCCAUCACUUGUUUUUUUGUUGUUGUUGGGUAUUUUGUUUGUUUUUUGUUUUUUUUUCCUACUUGACUGCUAUAUAAAGAGUGAUUCCUUGGUUGGGCUUUUUUUUUUUAAUCCUACAAUCAUACAACUAAUAUGGUUGCAAACAACAUGUACCCUUUUGAAUACAUUUUUUCACUGCUAUAAUUAUAUCAUGUCUUGACAUGUAAUACAAACUGUAGCAGCCAAAUUAGCUUCUUUCCCACCCCCCCCCCCCCCCCCCCCCCCCCCCCCUUUUUUAAUUCAGCUAAUUCCUAUUGUACCACUAAGGGGGUUAAAUUAAUGACUGACAGGGAACUGCAAUAGUGUGAUGUCAUGUUUCCAUAUUGAUGAAUGAUUCUAUGGUGAAAUGAAAUAUUGAAUGUUAUAUAAAAUUUUAGAUGUAAGUAAAUACCUUGCAUUUCAUAUUAUGUAGUUCCUUUACUUUAUGUGCAUAAGUAUAUAUUAGUAAUUAUCCUAAUUUGGUUUGUUAACCAUUCAAGCUUUCUAGAAACAAAUGAUUUGGAUUGUUAGUUUCCCUGCUCUGCUUCAAGCUGAUUUCAUUUUUCUAGGCUAGCAGCUUUUCUGUCUAGUUGUGUGUUAGAGGGCAUGCCUUGGAAAACUUCCCAAAUUAGGGAACCUGUUAAAAUUAUGCUUUCUUCAUUGUUGGUUCACUUAGUUGAAUGGCCAUUAAUGAACGAAAGCAGAGUAAAUCUCCUGCACCUUUUAGAAAUGAAGUGGAUGGAGACUUGGGAACAGAUUACUGUUCUUUUGAAGCACAGACCCUAAAGCAAAUCUUUUUGUCAUUUCUCUGUAAUAUUUAAUAGGCCUUGAAUAUACAUUUAUAGGAGACCAAGAGAUUGUAAAAACAAAACAAAAUAUUUUGGGGUGAUGUGCCUAUAUCUAAAUUUACUUUCCAAAAGGAAACUAUUAUCUACAAUCACUAAACCUAACUAAAGCUUUUAUAUUUUGUGAAUUAAUUUAGGAGAUUAUUUUUGUUUUUCUUUUUGAGGGGGCAGGAGGGAGAAGGAAGAGGUGGUGAUAUAUACAAGAAGCUUCUUAAAUUGCUGAGGCUUUCCAGAAUUUUCAAUAGUGUGUGGCAGGGGAGGGGGAAAAAAUGGCUUAAGUAUCUGCCUGAAAACUGGGGGGGAGGGAAAGGGACAUUGCAGAGGACAGGGACUGUCCAAAACCCCUCCAAAGACAAGGUGAGAACAUUCAGUGCAAGUUUAGCUUGUUGGAGAGAUAGAAGACCUGCAGACUACUAUGAUAAAUGUGAUCUAAUGAAUGUGGGAGGAAAGCUAGUAUAGUGGAGAGAGCUCUAGAAUAGGAACCUGGAGAUUUCAGCUUUAUUCUUGGUUCUUAACCUUAUGUUAGCUUUGUACCCUUGGACACUUAAUCUUUCUGUAUCAUCUUCAUCUACACAGUGUUGAAGUUGGAUUUGAAAAGUUUUGAAAGAUUUUUUCCAGCUCUUGUUAUGAUUCAAAUGUAAACAAAAAUUAAUGAAAUUUUAGCUUUUGCAGUAAAAAUGUAAUACAUAUUUGAAAAAUUGUUUUAAAUUAACUUUUAAAGGGCAGUGAAGGAGAAUUUAAUUUAAUAUUUACUAAGGCACUGAUCUCUUAAAUUCUAUAUAAAACAUCAAAGAUAUCAUCCCUACUUUCAAAGAAUAAAGGUGAUGAAUUAUUCAUUUUUAGACCACUUUUUAAAAAUUCUUUUUGAGAGCCCUCAUGUGGAAGUAAAUAAAUCUGAAGAAGCCAGCAUUAAGUGGACUUCCCUGAUAUAAAGAGCUCAGCCUUUGGCAUGCUAAGCUGUUGGUAGUGAAACAGGGCUAUCAUUGAUAUUGAGUAAGAACAUAGGUGAAGGUGUAGAGCUACAACUAAGAAGUACUAUCAUGGAUAUGCUAACUGACAGCCAAACAAAGUUAGGCAAGUGGUGUUCAUAAAAGGUAUAGGUCUCAGGAGUACUUUUUGCUAGAGGUGUAUAUGUUGGAAGUUAUUGAAGGAGUGAAGAGAAGAAUAUGCAGAUAAUCAAGAGAGAAUAGUAUCUUUAAACGGUAAGGAUGUGACCAGGAAUCAGGUUUUUGCCUGCCUCGUCCCAUCUCAUUACAUAAUUGUAGGCAUGUUAUUUUACCACUCAGUGCCUGAGGGUCCUCAUCUGUGAAAGGGGGAUAAACAAUAAAUAAUAACUGUCCUACCUCACAGGGCUGUUGUGAGGAUCCUAUGAAAUAAUGAAUUUGAAAGCGCUUUGAACAGUUAAAAGCACUAUAUAACUGUAAAGGAUUGGUGAAAUUAGAGACCCAUAGCACAUCAGUGGUGUAUGCCAAGCCUGUGGGCAAUGACUAUAUAUGUAGGCAAAGCCUACGGAGAGGGAGGAAGAGAAUCCUCUCCAUCCAUUAAAGGUUGGGGGAGAUGGGCCAGAACUGACUUCCUUUCUGCCUUCCAGAAACCAUGAUGUGCAUGAGGUGCUCUUUGUACCAACCCCCAUAGUCUGUUUUUUUUUUUUUUUUCUGUUUAAUAACUGAAUCCUGAUGUGAACAAAUAAAGUUUUUACUUGUA